AUGGCUGGCCGUGUCUCAUACUUUCAAAACCAGAUGAUGUUCCUCAACACAAUACAGUUGAUCAAGCCACACAGUCUAGAGGAAACCGUUCAGACCUUAUGGCAGGGGAUAGUACACGCGUGGUUUCCCUAUGAACAACACUACAAAUUUGGCUUUAAAGGUGCCACGCUUGCCAGUCGGAAUAUGCCCGAUGUUACUGUCAUCAAGGUAAUGGCACUGCAACCGAACCCACGAAGCUCCCCUGAUUGGGCGGAACGCCAGAUCAUGAUGAUUGAAUGCAAGCGCCCAUCCUACGACACUCCCAACGGCUGGAAUGAUACCAUCGAGGGCCAAUUUCUUGACGACCUUCAACAAACUCUCAAUCAUUCCAAAAAAUUAUUCGGAGCAGUGGCUAUUGGUACGAAAGUGAAGUUUUUUCGGUUUGACGGAAAAGCGCCAGUCAACCGAAUGCUUACUCCGCUUCACCGCGAUACCUUGGAUCUAAAAAUCCCGAGCCAGCUCAUCCAAGUCGAGAAUAUGCUGGACUAUAUCAAGACAAAUGGGUGGCAGUGGGCUAGCACCCCUUGA